CGCUAUAAUCACGUGAUUGCCUCAUCCGGGUCCUUUGCGUUCUCUCUCCCUCUCCCAACAUGGCGUCCUCAGCAAAAAAGAAGAAUAAGAAGGGGAAGACUGUCUCCCUAACACACUUUCUGGCUGAGGAUGGAGGGACUGGUGGAGGAAGUACCUAUGUUCCCAAACCAGUCAGCUGGGCUGAUGAAACAGACGACCUGGAAGGAGAUGUUUCAACAACUUGGCACAGUAAUGAUGACGACGUGUAUAGGGCACCUCCCAUUGACCGUUCCAUCCUGCCCACUGCUCCACGGGCUGCUCGGGAACCCAAUAUCGACCGGAGCCGUCUUCCCAAAUCACCACCCUACACUGCUUUCCUGGGAAACCUACCCUAUGAUGUGACAGAAGACUCCAUUAAGGAUUUCUUUAGAGGAUUAAAUAUCAGCGCAGUUCGUUUACCACGUGAACUCACCAAUCCAGAUAGAUUGAAAGGUUUUGGUUAUGCUGAGUUUUCAGACCUGGAUUCCUUGCUCAGUGCCUUGAGUCUCAAUGAAGAGUCUCUAGGUAACAGGAGAAUUCGAGUGGACAUUGCUGACCAAGCACAGGAUAAAGACAGGGAUGACCGUUCUUUUGGCCGAGAUAGAAAUCGGGAUUCUGACAAAACAGAUACAGACUGGAGGGCCCGUCCUGCCACAGACAGCUUUGAUGACUACCCACCUAGAAGAGGCGAUGACAGCUUUGGAGACAAGAUUCGAGAUCGUUAUGAUUCAGACCGAUACGAUGGGUAUCGGGAUGGGUACCGUGAUGGGCCACGUCGGGAUAUGGAUCGAUACGGAGGCCGGGAUCGUUAUGACCGAGGCAGCAGAGAUUACGAUAGAGGUUAUGAUUCCAGAAUAGGCAGUGGCAGAAGAGCAUUUGGUACUGGGUACCGUCGAGAUGAUGACUACAGAGGAGGUGGGGACCGCUUUGAAGGCAGAUAUGACAGACGAGAUGAUCGGUCAUGGAGCUCCAGAGAUGAUUAUUCUCAGGAUGAUUAUAGGCGUGAUGAUAGAGGUCCCCCCCAAAGACCCAAACUGAAUCUAAAGCCUCGGAGUACUCCUAAAGAAGAUGAUUCCUCUGCCAGCACCUCCCAGUCCAGUCGAGCAGCCUCAAUCUUUGGAGGGGCAAAGCCUGUUGACACAGCAGCUAGAGAGCGUGAAGUAGAAGAGCGGCUCCAGAAGGAACAGGAAAAAUUGCAGCGUCAGCUGGAUGAGCCGAAGCCAGAACGACGGCCCCGAGAGAGACACCCAAGCUGGCGAAGUGAAGAAACUCAGGAACGGGAACGGUCAAGGACAGGAAGUGAGUCAUCACAGACUGGGGCCUCAGCCACAUCCGGCAGAAGUAAGUCAGACCAGGAUGCACGAAGGAGAGAGAGUGAGAAAUCUCUAGAAAAUGAAACACUCAAUAAGGAGGAAGAUUGUCACUCUCCAACUUCUAAGCCUCCCAAACCUGAACAGCCUCUAAAGGUAAUGCCAGCCCCUCCGCCAAAGGAGAAUGCUUGGGUGAAGCGAAGUUCUAACCCUCCUGCCCGGUCUCAGAGCUCAGACACAGAGCAGCAGUCCCCCACAAGUGGUGGGGGAAAAGUAGUUCCCGCUCAGCCAUCUGAGGACGGACCAGCAAGGAAAGAUGAGAAUAAAGUCGAUGGCUUGAGUGCCCCCAAAGGCCAAAGCGGGAACUGCAGCCGUGGUCCAGGAGAAGGCGGGAACAAAGACCCCUGGAAGGAGUCGGACAAGAAAGAUGGCAAAAAGGAUCAAGACUCCCGAUCUGCACCUGAGCCAAAGAAACCCGAAGAAAAUCCAGCCUCCAAAUUCAGUUCUGCGAGCAAGUAUGCUGCUCUCUCCGUUGAUGGUGAAGAUGAAAAUGAGGGAGAUUACACUGAAUAGACCUCUACACCCUGUGCUUUCUCCUAGUCUCUCCACCCUGGAACAUUCGAGAGCAAAUGAAACCUCUAUCCAGACAAGAUAAAAUAAAACUCACCAUCUCCUGGAGACCUUUCUUAACUUUUUUUUAAAGAAUGAGAUUCUUUUGCAUGCUGCUGCAGCCUUUAAAGUAUUGGACUAACUGGAGGACUGCCGUUGUAGCCAGAGGGAGACCACGGCUUUUAACGGAAAAGCUGUGGCUCAUGUUUGUGACGUGCAGUUACCCGUGUCGGUAGUGGUAGGGCCUCCGUCUGGAAAAUGGCGGUGACGGUGGCGCAGUGUCUGGACUCUGGUGGGCAGUAGGAAAGGCAGAAGGAAGAGAGCGAGGUUUAUACUUUUAAUUCUUACUACACUAUUGUGGCAUAUAUGAAUUCUCAAACAUUAUCUGAAUAAAUUUUCCAUCCUUGGAAAGGUAGGUUUAGUCUCUGAAGUUGUCUCAGUCUCCAGGAGGCUGCCAGCUCCACCUCUUAUUUAAUUCUGAGUUACUGGGGCCAGCCUAGGGGGAAUUCCUUAAUUUUUACCCCCCAGGGGGGUAGCUGGGAGUAAGUCCACAGGCCACUAAAGAAUAGGACUUGUUGGUGACCAAGUACGUAGGGAAAUCAUAGUUUGGAAAGCAGCUCUGAGGAGGUGAUGAAUUAUUUUGCACCAGUAAUAGGGGGAAAGGGGAUGACCUCCAGUAAACACAUGAAUGAUUGCUUCCUGGGACAGGAAGCACCGAGGGGUCAUGGGAAUUCCCGAGUCAAAAUGUGUCCACCCUUCUUAGUUAAACACUGUUCUUUCUCAAAGUUCAGUUUUAUCCAAAUCCUGUUGAAAUCUUGAAGCUUUAAAACUUUAGACUUGUCAUCUUACCAUCCUCGUGCUACUUGAACCUGUUACCCUCCCAGAAGUAGCUUCUAGUUGCCAUAGCUGACCUCCCGUGGUCCAGCUCCGCUCCCUGGAAGUCCAGUGAGGAGUCACUGCUUUUCUCAAGGCAAAUCUUGGCCCCUUUAUGUCUGUUGGCUCUGACUCCUUCCCUCUGUCCAUUCCUGCUGCUGCUUUGAUCCCCUUCUAAACCUGCCUCACCACCUUGAUUAGGUUUUGUUCGGGGAGGGGGAGGGUUGUUUUUGGGUGUUUGUUUUUUUUAAUACACACUUCCUUCUCUCCACUGAAAUCCCACACCAAUGUUUGCGUUUAUGUGGCGGCCUAGACCAAUGUGUUGUGUUUUGUUCUGGGGUUUUUUUGUUUUUUUUUUUUUGUUUUCUGUUUUUUCCCCUGAAGUCUCCCUUGAGAAAACAAAUGAUAAUGGAGAAAAUAUUUAACAAGGUCCUGGUUUCUCUGGAACACAGCAGCUUGACACACCUGCUUUUAUGUGCUCGUGUGUGCUGUCAGCUGAGUAGGUGAUGCCCUACGAGCACUGUUGGUACCUGAGAGCAGAGACCUCUCGGCCUCCUGUUUGCAAUUCCUUCUCCCAUCAGUCCUGGGCCAGGCUCUGUCCGGCCACGCAGGGCUAUUGGCUUGAGUGCUGCAGCGGUAGACACACAAAUCAUCAUUCAGUGAACAUACAAGGUACAGCAAGUGAACUAACUUGAAAUAAUUGGCUUGGAUUGACUAGUCGCUAGGAAAAGUGGCUUUUAGCGAUACCCAAGAUCGGAUGAAAAGGUGUAGGGUUUACCCUUUGUGUCUACUUCCAAAUAGUUGUAUCCAGAAAAGCUGGUUUCCUCCCUCCCCGCCCCCUGUUAAGGCAAAGCAGGGAUUUAUGCCCCUCCUCAGUACCUGUAAAAUUUGUACAAAAAUAUCUUCUAUGAAAAUGAUUUGUAAUCUGUAGACUUAAUACCUGGGAGAUGUCUUGAGAUGUAAAAUCCCAUCCUUUGGGUUGUGGGGGGUUUUUUUGUUUGUUUUCUCCAAAUAAAUCUGAUCUUUAAAGUUCA